GUGCUUGGACAGCAUUGAGGUAAUCUGUCAGACGGCGUUACACUUAAGUACUAGGCAUAUAAGUCGAGUUUAUUGGAUGCAUUGCAGCACGGACACCCAUCACGAAUCACUCGACACGACUUUCGCAUUGCGAGAUACUUACAUUCCUUCAUCUUGAUUACAAGGACGACUAGUACUUGCAGUUGACCUGCACAUAACUUUGGUUCAGCUUGUCCUUGAAGGACAUUGUUGACUAUAAUUAUGGGUAUAACUUUGCCCGAAGCUUCGCUUGUAGCGUUGUUCCUAGAGACUUUGUUUUACGGCGUGUUCUUCACUUUGUACUGGUUGACGCUGGUCAUACUGCUCAAGAAAUGUGGUAUUCAACGGGACCUCCUUAUCCCAGUAGCAACCUUGCUACUCUGCAUUGCAACUGCCCAUCUAAUCAUCGAUUUAAUUCGAGCGCUAGAAGCGUUCGUAUUCAGUGCGCGUACAAUCGGUGCAGACGCCUACUACUCCAACCUCGCUUCACCGUUGGAACUCGCAAAAACCGCACUUUACAUCACGCAGCCCACUGUUGCUGAUACUGUCCUUGUUUGGCGGUGCUAUGUGCUCAACAAUAGAAGUCUCUUGGUUGGCAUUCCUGGUUGUAUCGUGCUGUUAACCAAUGGGGCGAUCGGGUACUAUAUUGUCUGGUGCCUUUCUCGAGCCGGCGUAGGGUCGACUGUUUACACCAUCGCUCCUGGUUUUAUCACAACUUUCUAUGCAUUGACCAUGCUUAUCAGCUCUUUAAUUUCCUGGCGCAUCUACCACAGCCGUCGUUGCAUGUCAGAUAACCCUACUCAUUUGUUACCUGUUUUGAUUGUCGUCAUCGAAAGCGGCGCUUUAUAUGCUACCACAUUCUUGACGGGAUCAAACGGCCAAUACCCCGCGAUGGAUAUUGGCCCUCCUGUUGUGGGGAUCGUAUUCUGUCUCAUCAUCCUGCAAGUACACUUCCAUGUUAGUAACAACCCCCGACCAUCAAAGUCCUUCACCAAUCCCUUUGGAGAGCGAGGAGAGCAGAAUGUGGGCCACAGCAUGAAACUGGUGAUUGCACAUCACCAAGGAGAUGGAGAUCAUUCAGUUUGAUGUGAUGCACAGCCAACGACUCUCAGGAGACGACUGCCAAGUGUUCUGGAUAAGACCAUUUUCUACUUUUCCGCAAGCGUAUUGGAAACCUUAGAACUAUGGCUAAUUCAUUAUAGUUGGGUUCCAUGAUUCAUCUUCAAAAUGUGCCGAAUGGAUUACAUUUUCU